AUGGGCUCUGCUUCAAGUUUUGCAAAGACUAUUAUUGUGCCUGCAUCAAUUGCGCUAUCGGUCUAUCUGCUCUUCUCCUUCCUGAUUAUUCCGUUCUUUCGGCGUUAUCACCAACGUUACUCCCAAUACCUCCCUCUACACACGAUCUCUGCGCACACCCUUUCGCUCCGGGAUCGCGUGGCCGACGCAGUCAUGCGCUUUUUUCUUCCAUCAUCAUGGCGACGUGGAGCACACUUGGAUGACCAUGAGAAUAUCGAUAUUGACGACGACGAAGGAGAGCUCAUGAUCGGCAUGGGCAUGGAUGCGGCUCGACGGGAAGCCUUGAAUCGCCAUCGCAAUACCGCUGCAGACACCCAAUCGCGGUUGAGUCGAGAGCUCGAGGAAGGAUUUAUGGAUGACAGUGACAAUGAAAGCACUGAGGGCCGACACGGCGCAGAAAAUCGACAUUGA